AUGGACGGCGAGCCUCACCACAUCCACCUGGCACCCAACGCUGUCCCCUACGCCUGCCACACGCCCGCCUCGGUGCCGAAACACUGGGAGGACGAGGUGAAAGCCCAGCUUGAAGACGACGUACGGCGAGGCGUCAUCGAGCCCGUCCCAGCAGGGGAACCCACGGAGUGGUGUGCCCGCAUGGUUGUGGUAGCAAAGAAAUCAGGGCAACCGCGGCGCACCGUCGAUUACCAGCGCCUCAACGCCGCAUGCCGCAGAGAGACACACCACACCCCCGCCCCCUUCGACAUGGUGUCUAGUGUCCCCAAACAUUGCUUCAAGACAGUGGCUGACGCUUAUUGGGGGUACCACCAAGUCAGGCUGGACGAGGAGAGUCGAAGUCUCACCACCUUCAUCACCCCAUGGGGGAGGUUCAGGUACCUCUGGACCCCCAUGGGCCACUGUUCUGCUGGCGACGCAUACACAAAGCGCUUCGAUGACGCCAUCCAAGGCAUCGUGAGGAAGCACAAGUGUGUCGACGACACCCUCCUCUAUGACAGCAACAUCGAAGACGCAUUCUGGCACACGCACGAGUUUCUGGCGACCUGUGCAGCCAAGGGGAUUACUUUGAAGCCUGAAAAAUUCCAGUUCGCACGGAGGGAGGUGGAUUUCGUGGGUUUUCGCCUCGGCUGGGAGGAGUACAAACCCACAUACGAGCGCCUAGCGGCAAUCAAAAGCUUCAGGAUGCCUGACAAGCCCUCCAUCUCAGACAUCAGGUCGUGGUACGGGUUUGCCAAUCAACUUGCCCCAUUCCUCGCCACAGCCCCAAUCAUGAACGCCUUCAGGGAGCUCCUGAGGAAGCCGUGCGGAAAGACUGUGUACUGGGACGAGCACCUGCAGGAGAAAUUUUGCCGCGCUCAGGACACCAUAUGCCAGCUUGCAAAGGACGGCCUGGCAUAUUACGACAAAACCCGCCCCACAGUUGCCCUCACAGACUGGAGCAGGGAGGGCAUUGGAUUCAUUAUCCUGCAGCAGUUCUGCCACUGCUCGUCUGCUGCCGCUCCCUUCUGCUGCAGGGCGGGCUGGCGUCUGGCCCUGUGCGGAAGCCGCCACCUCACGGCCGCCGAGACUGGUUACGCCGCGGUAGAGGGGGAAACCUUGGCUGUGGUGUGGUGCCUCCAGAAAGACCGGCUGUUCUUGUUGGGGUGCCCGAACCUCACCAUCGUCACCGACCACCGCCCUCUCACCAAGCUGCUGGGGGACAGGGCCCUCACAGAAGUCAUCAACCCACGACUCUUCCGGCUCAAGGAGCGAACGCUACAGUACCGCUUUCAAGUCAAAUAUCUGCCAGGAAAAAGGAACGCCGCAGCCGACUUCCUGUCCAGGUACCCAGCCCUCAGAAGCCCCACCACAGACACCGACGCCAACCUGGAUGAGGACCUCACCGAGGCAGUAGCAGCCGUGGUCAUCGCCACAGCCAAACACGAGGGUCACGUUCUCGACGAGUCAGCGGUGAGAAAAUCUGCAGCCGACGACCCUGUCUACCAACUACUACUGGCCAAAGUGUUGGCCGCGGACUGGCACCCGCACAAGGCGCAAGAAGUGGCCUGCCUGCGCCCGUUCUAUGGCGUGAGGGACCGGUUGGCAGUCUCUCAAGACCUUGUCACAUACACCUUUGACCAGGGUUAUGUGCGACUCGUGAUUAAUGAGCCCCUCCGCCCACAGGUAGCAGCAAACUUACACGCUGGUCACCAAGGGCUAGAUUCCAUGCUGCGGAGGGCAAGGCAAUGUGUAUACUGGCCCGGGUUGGAAGGGGACCUGCAGCACUACCGGGCGUCGUGCACGUCAUGCGAGACGCACGCUCCCUCUCAGCCCUCAGAAACACUCGUCAUCACGCCGCCCCCAGAGUACCCAUUCCAAUCCACAGUGGCGGACAUGUUUCAGCAUGAGGGGCACACCUACAUGGUCUACGCUGACAGGCUCACUGGAUGGCUAGAACUCGCCCAUUUCCCACACGGUGCUACAUUUAAUAAAAUCAAAAGUCAAAUGAGGCAGUACUUCACGCGAUGGGGCGCCCCGGAACAGCUGUCCACUGAUGGGGGGCCGAACCUGGCGAGCGAGGAAAUGUCGGAAUUCCUCAAGAAGUGGGGUGUCAUUGCACGCCUGUCCUCAGCACAGCACCCACAGUCAAACGGGCGGGCCGAAGCAGCGGUCAAGACGGCCAAAAGAAUCAUCAGAGCCAACACAUGUAGCGGGGGCUCAUUGGACACGGACAGAACCUCCCUCGCUGUGCUGCAGUAUCUUAACACCCCGCUGCGAUCUGUCAACAAGUCCCCCGCCCAACUUGCCACCGGAAGGCAGCUGCGUGAUGGCGUGCCAACGGCCCGACGACAUUACAAGGUGGACAGCCACUGGGGAAGGACGCUGCGUGAGAGAGAAGUGAAAAUGGGGGAGGAAGGCAACACCCUGAUGGCAACCUGCACACCCAGACAGCUCCGGCCCCUGUCCCCCGGCACACGAGUAAGAAUGCUGAACCAGGCCUCGGGCACGUGGGACCGCACGGGUUUGAUCGUGGAGGCGCUGCCCUACAGGCAGUACACCGUAAGGCUUGAUGGUAGCGGCCGAAUAAGCCUCAGGAACAAGAAGCAUCUGCGGCCCGUCGCUGAGUCAACCCCACCGCCCGCACCGCCAACCCUGCGCCCACCAACCCCGCCGGCCGCUCAACCAACCACGACACCCGCACAAGUCUCAACCCCCACCCAACCUCAGCUACGCCCCGCACCCAGGAGGCAGGUGCGGCGACCGGGGUGGCUGAGCGACUAUGUGUAA